AAAUAGUAAAACAUUAAAGCUUAACCCUUUCGCUACGGGCGGUGACUAUUGUCACCAAAUGCCUGACGUUCGCUACGUACGGGCGGUGACUAUAGUCACCAAACGGCUGACGUUCGCUAAGUACGGGUGCGUUUGCACGAGUAUGUAAUUCUUAUAUGUUAAUUUCCAUGGUAACCCAUCGCAAUUGUUAAGCAUUUGUUUUACACUCUGAGAUUUUUAACUGGCAAUAUGAACAUCAGUAUAAAAGAAUCGUUUCGGCAGUACGCUUGCUUGAAUUGGCUCACUCGUUUGAAACAUUUUCACAAUAAUGAAUUUAAAUUUGCUAAGAAGAAGGGAAAACGAAAAUGAGGGCUAUGCCACCCAUGAUAAUUCAUCGGACUCCGAUAGUGAUAUUGAGAUAAAUAAUAAUUGUGCCAGAAGAAAGGUAAUGAGCAUUCCCAAUAUAAAUGUACUUAGUACCUCCGAAUCAGAAGAAGAUUAUGUCGUCGAUGCUUUACCUCCAUCGAGUUCUAAUAACAUGCAAUGGACUAUUGAGAAUGUUGACUUAAAAUUUCACGAAUUUAAUGCCUCCAAUGCCGGACUCUUGAGAGAUGACAUCAAAUUCUCCUCUUCAGUAUUAGAUUAUUUCGAAAUAUUUUUUUCAUCUGAACUGGUGAACUUCAUAGUAGAUAAGACAAAUAACUACUGGGCACAUACAGUAAAUGAUAAUAUAUCUAAUCACAACAUUGGGACAACUGUUAAUGAAUUAUACUCUUUCCUCGCAUGCACGUUGCUUAUGUCGCGAAACAAAAAAUUACGACUUAGCGAGUAUUGGUCGCGGGACAGACUUUUAAAAUCAGAUACUUUUACCGAUAUUAUGUCUAGAUAUAGGUAUUUAACAAUAUUGCAAAAGUUACAUUUUGUAAAUCAUAAUGAAAAAUCUUCUGACCGUUUACAUAAAAUCAGCAGUGUUUACAAUAAACUUCAAAAGUCAUUUAAAGAUUCAUUUUCUCCAUUUCAAAACUUAUGUAUAGAUGAAAGUCUGUUAUUAUUCAAGGGUAGACUCUCAUUUAAGCAAUACAUAUCAUCUAAAAGAAGCUGAUUUGGCAUUAAAACAUACACACUAUGCGACUGCAAAACAGGCUACGUACUGGAUGUAAAUAUAUAUGCAGGUAGUGAAACAUGCAUAACAGAGGACACAUCAGAAAUUGGCAAAACUGGAAACAUCGUUCUGAUGCUUUUAAAGCCUUAUUUGGGAAAAGGCCACACGUUGUAUGUGGACAAUUUUUACAGCAACCCUGCAUUUUUUAAUUUAUUGCAUAUAAAUGCAACAAAUGCGUGCGGCACUGUGAAACAAAGGCGUAAAAGAAUGCCUGUAUUGAAUAAAAAAUUAAACAUAGGCGAGGUUGAGUUUCGAACAACUGAUAAUUUGCUGGCUAUUAAAUGGCGUGAUAAAAAAGACGUUUUCAUGUUAUCCACUUUCCACACUAAUGAAUUAAUAAGUACAGGAAAGAGAAAUUAUAAAACUGACGAAUUUAUACGCAAACCAAAAUGUAUAGUGGAUUAUAAUUUUUAAAUGGGUGCUGUCGACAAAUGUCUUGUUUUGUUAACAAUUGAUUGUUAGUUCCAUUCAAUCCGUUAGAAAAUCAUUGAAGUGGUAUAAAAAGUACUUUUUUCUAACUCCUUUCUAAAUCCACUAAAUAGUGGAUAUUGCCGUGUGGAAUGCACAUUGUUUGUAUAAAUACAAAACGCACAAAAAUAUUUCUAUUGCUGCGUUUCACCUCAAAUUGAUCCGACAAAUUUUAGAAAAAUAUCAUAAAGAGAAUUUGAGGCAAAGCGGCCAGAGAUCUGAAGAUAAAUAUCCCUUUAGACUGAUUGAUAGACACUUCCCAGCGAUUUAUACUAGUAAGAAAACUACACGAAAAGCGCAUUAAGAAAGUGUAUUGUAUGUUCUUAAAAUGGUGUGCAAAGACAAAGUCAUUACCAAUGUAAAAUAUGCGACGUUGGACUUUGUGUAUGCCCGUGUUUCGAAACGUUUCAUACAAAAUUACAUUAUUAACAUAUUAAUUACAUUAUUAUUGUGGGGUGUGUUGAAAAUCGAAGAGGUUGUGUGUGUAAAUCUGUGUGAGUCCAAAGGUCCGAGAGGUUGUGUGUGUAGGUCGGUGUGGGUCCAAAGGUUCGACAUGUUGUGUGUGUUAGUCGGUGUGGGUCCAAAGGUCCGGGUGCGUUUGGAACAUGCGGGGUGGGGGAGAAACCUCAUAAGGAGAGGACGGUCACGCAUCAGGGGUUGUUGUUUUUUUUUCCGAGAGAGUAGCGUGGAGAGAACCGAGUGACGAGAGCGAGUGAGAAUAGUGAGUAGAGAAUAGCGAGUGAGUAGUGAUUCUGUGAGGUCUGAGUGAGUGCGAAAAGUUGCGAAGCGUUAUUGUAAUUGUUAUUGUAAGGGUAAUUGUAAUUGUAAUAAGCAAUAAUUUGUGAGAAUAAAGAGUAUCUUUUAUAUCUCAAGUAGUGUCGGCAACACGGGGGAAUUAGAUAUCCUUAGCCGGAUACAGAACAAUUGAUUUCCCUACAUUAUUAUAUUUUUUGUUCGCAUUAUGUGAUAAUUGAAAACAAUAUAUUAUGUGAUAAUUUGUUAUUUAAUAAUUUGGUAACCCUUUCCUUUCAACGAACGACUACAGUCACUCCGAAUAAGAUGCAGCGAUUCUGAACGUUCGGCAGGCGACUUUAAUUCUUUCGCAAAUGCACACUUGUGCCGCAGCGGCCCGUCCCGCGGAAGUAGCGAGCCGUAGAAUUCGUCCGUAGCGAAAGGGUUAAUAUAUUAAUUUUUUCAGUUGUAACUUACAACUUGUAAGUGACAAAAAUGACGACAAUAAGAUACGUUUAAGAUUAGUUUUUUUUAUAAGAACUUGGUGUAUUUGAAAUUAUUAAUUUUAAAAGUAAAAAGAAG